AUGAUCGCAAAGAAGGCCUUGAAUGGCAACGCCUUUGAAGUGCUCGAGGUCUUUCUAGAUCAUGGAUGGAACAUCAACGAUCCCGCCCAGGAGAACCUGUGUCCGACACUAGGGUUUGUGACUCAUAAUGAGACGCGGGUGCGCUGGUGUCUCGAGCAUGGAGCCGAUCCUAACGCGAGAAACAGGAACAAGUACCAGGAUGUGCCGAGCCAAGCUGGUCGUUAUGCUUCAGUUUCGACGCUCCAGCUGCUUGCUGCUCAUGGGGCCAACUUCCCUAGUAGUAAUGCUCUUCAAAGGGCUGCUGAAAGUAGAUUCAAAGUACGAAUGGAAGCCCUCCAAUGGCUUCUAGACGAGGCGGGUUUCCUGUCAACCAGCGCGAAUUUGAGUGGGAUCCAGCUGAGUUUCGCAAUUGGCGGAGAAGUAGGUUAG